AUGGAGUCAAGCUAUUCCAGCAGCGACCGCUGGAACUACUUCCGCGAUAUGACCCAACGCGACGAACCGCAAGCUCAAACCCAAACCCUCCACGACCAGAUGCCGCCAUACGGCGAUGCGCCCGAUGUGGGCACUGGUCCACCGCGACACAAUCUCCCACACGACGAGCAGAUCCCAGAGGACGAGGCGGCACCGCGCAGCAUCGGCCGCAACAACACGGGCAGCAUUAACAUCAGCGGCAGCACCACACGGACCGAAUCGCCGGUAUCGUCUCCACCCACCACGACAUCCGGGCAGCCCAUCGCCAACCCGUCGCCCUUCAACUUCAACCUCCAGUAUUCGUUCCCGGGCCACCCCAACCGCAGGUCGCUGCGCAGCUGGAUCCACGAGCUGCCGGACGACGCCCGCAUCGCCGUCAGUGCCAACAUCAACAGUGGCAGCGGCAGCGGCACCUCCAGCAGCAGCGGGCGGGGCCAUGGCAGCGCCGUCGGCGGCAGCAUCAACAUUGCACCCGCCACUGGCCUCGACCCGGCUCGGCGACCCUCGGUCACGUCCACCAUGGCCGACACCGAGUCGCUCAUGUCGCCGUCGUCGUCAAGAGCCUCACCGCGGCCCAUGGGGCCCAACAUCCCCGUCGAGAUGCGCUAUCGCUUCCCGUCCCUCGCCGGGCUCGACCCCAUAUCCUUGCCGCCAACACCGGGGCCCGCGCCAUCACAUCUGCACUACCAGCCCAGCCUCUCCACACCUCCCACCACGACAACAGCAGCAAGCAACAUCACCGUCCCCAGCCAUUCAUUGCCCACGGUGCCGACCAUGUCUACUCUCGGCGCCGGUCUGGCCAAUAUGUCCUUGGGAGGGGGCAGUGCCGUGGAGGGGAACGGUGCACCACACAUACCGCACAUACCACACACACCGCACAUACCGCCCGCCCACCUGCCGUACCACCCGCGCCCAGCUCCGCCACCGCCACCGCCCAUGCCCACGUACGUGCCCGUCGAGCUGCCGCAGCCAAUACCCAACGUGGGCGGGCCCGGUGGCGCGGCCAAGAUCGAGCCUCUGCCGCCGUCGGCCGCGCGGUUUGUGGCCAUUGGCAUCGACUUUGGCACGACGUACUCGGGCGUGUCGUGGGCCUUCUCGGGCGACCCGACCGACAUCAAAGACGUGCAGCAGUACCCCUGCGUCGGCACGGCCUACAACAGCCGCGACGAGGUGCAGGUACCGACGCAGUACGACCAGCGGUCCGGUGCUUGGGGCUAUCUCGUGGCGCAGGGCCACUCGCCCAUCAAGUGGUUCAAGCUGCUGCUGCUGCGCGACGCCGACAUCCGCGACGACAUCCGCAACUCGCCCUACCUGCAGGCCGCGCGGCAGCAAGCCAGCCUGCUCGGCGAGGACGGCGUCGUGGACCUCAUUGCCGACUACCUGCGCAACCUGUGGCAGCACUGCCUGCGGGAGAUUGAGCUGCAGAUCGACGCGCAGGCGCUCCAGGACCUGCCGUUCAAGGUCGCCAUCACCAUCCCCGCCAUCUGGCCGCAGUACGCGCGCAACAUGAUGAAGAACGCCGCGCGGCGCGCCGGCAUCCUGCAGCCGCGCGACAUUGACGACACGACGCUGAUCCUGGUCGAAGAGCCCGAAGCGGCCGCGCUCGCCACGCUGCUGGACCGCCGCGCCUACCCGGAGAUGGCUGUCGGCGAGACGUUUAUGGUCGUGGACUGCGGCGGCGGCACCAUCGACAUCAUCAGCUACAAGGUGAUGCAGACGACGCCGUUUGUGAUCCACGAGGCCGUCAAGGGCGACGGCAAGCUGUGCGGCGCCUUCAUGGUCGACGACAAGUUUGAAAACCACAUGAAGCACAUGUCCGGCCUCAAGUUUGACAACUGCGACCCAGCAGACUUCCGCAAGUUUGUCUACGAGGAGUGGGAGUACGCCAUCAAGCGCUCCUUUACCGGCAGCGAGACGCAACAAGAAUUCUACCUGCACCCGCCCAUCAAGGCCUUUUCGGCCUUUUCGCGCUUCAAGGGCAACAACAAGUUUGUGCUCAAGCGCAGCACCAUUGUCGACUUUUUCGACGACACCUACCAGGGCAUCCGGCAGCUGAUCAACGACCAGAACAAAAAGAUUGUGGCCCAAGAGGGGAAACCGCCCAAGAAAAUCAUCUUGGUCGGCGGCCUCGGCAGCUCGCGCUAUCUGCUGCGCAAGCUCCAGACCGAGUACAGCAACGUCAUGCAGCCGCAACGCACCUGGUCCGCCGUCGCCCGCGGCGCCGUCAUCAAGCUGCUCAAGAACACCUUCUCGCAAAGCGACGUCGUGCCCGUCACCGACGAGCGCCAGCGCCAACUCCUCCUCGCCCUGCCCGAGAUGGACGUCCGCAUCGCCCGCUACAGCUACGGCGUCGAGACGGGCGUGCCCCUCCAGCACGCGCUGCCGCCGGUGGAGCCGGGCGUCGACCGCAUCAGCACCGAGCCCGACGGCCAGCAGCGGGUCUGGCGCAUGCAGUGGUACCUGAAGCAGGGCGAGUUCAUGGACAACCGCGAGCCCGUGUCGCACAAGUUUUACGAGUACGUCACCAGCGCCGCCAGCAAGCAGACCAAGUUUAUGAUUUACACGAGCGGCCAGAUGCCGCCGCCCUGCCGCCGCGAAGACGGCUGCUCGCUGCUGUGCACCAUCUUCUGCGACUACGACACGCCGUACCACGAACUGCCCGUCGUUGACGACACACGAGGACUGCGCAUUGUCGACGACAUGCACCUGACGAUGCGCUUCAACGGUGAGCCCGAGUGGCGGCUCCAGGUCGGUAAAAAGUCUACAGAGCAAAAAGUAAACGUAAGGUUUGAGUAG